AUGAGGAACCCACUCACAAACAGUAUCACAAAAACAGUUGAGGAAAGAUUUGACGUGCUCGCUGCUACAUUUUUCCCUCAAGUCCCCCCACUCACUACCCACACAAGACCACUCAUCACUGACGAAGACCAUAUUGAACUCAUGUCAGCAGCGGAUGUACGCCGCGCUGUACUCGAGUUCAACCCAAACAAGGCCCCAGGCCCGGAUGGAAUCUUCUCUAAAACAAUCCAAGCCCUCUACAAAUCUGACAACCCCCUUUUCCGUGACCGCCUGAAUUCCCUCUUCCAGGCAUGCCAGCACAAAGGCUACCACCCAACAGAAUGGAAAACAAGCCACACAGUGAUCAUCCCGAAACCACACAAAAAAGACAAAGCCUCACUCAAAUCUUACAGACCAAUUGCUCUCUUAAACACCAUGGGAAAAAUGCUUGAAAGGGUCUUCUGCAAUUCCAUCACCGCCUUCAUCGACAGAAGCAGCAUACUAAACGAAUACCAAUUUGGCUGCCGUAAAGGGUACUCUGCCCCAGACGCAUUGCUCAAGCUGAUCAACGACAUCAAAUCCAAGCAAGAAACCAACCCCAAGACCAGAACCUCAGCAAUAAUGGUAGAUAUUAAAGGAGCAUUUGACAAUGUUGACCAUAAGCAUCUGUUAGAGACCCUUGAUAAGAAAAAUUUCCCACAAGGCACCAUCGAAUGGAUAAGCAGCUUCAUCACUAACCGCAGCACUGCUAUCAUCACGGAUGGCAUUGUUGACAAAACCAGACCAACAACCAAAGGAAUACCACAGGGAUCCCCGCUCUCCCCCAUUCUCUUCAACAUUUACACAACAGGACUAUAUCAUAGACUCUCUGAAAUACCGGGUAUCAAAUUCGCAGGAUUUGUAGAUGACGUCACAAUUUAUUGUCACGACUCCCAAGCCAGAGCCACCAACUCACUAGGGCUAGCCCUCAAAGCCUGCGUUGAAUGGGCAACCAAGGCGCACACCGAGAUCGACCUAGGGGACAAACUAAACUUCAUUCACUUUGGCAACAAGACCGCAAACCCGCCAAGACUCCCUGUACCCUGCCAACAAACGCUUCGUGAACCGCAAGACGAGGCCAAAGUACUAGGAGUCAUACUAGACCGCAAGCUCAACUUUAAACCCCACAUAUCACUCAAAAAAGAACAAGCCAUCCAAGCCAUUAAUUUCAUCACCCGUCUGGGAGGUACAACGGAUGGCCUCACGGGAUUCGCUUUCAAGCUCCUCUACAACUCAUGUAUAGUACCCAUUAUCUCCUAUGGGUGGGGUAUGGGGUAA